AUGCUUAUUAUAACACGGUGCACGGUGAAAUUGAGUAUACCUACUCCGGUGUGUGAAUUAUCGACGGUCAAGUUUUUUAGGGGUUCAGAAGAGGAGUCGAUAUUUCCUGAGUCUAACGAGCCGCCCCUCUUCCCCGUCAAUGCCGUGGAAAAUUUGAGACGAGUCGUUCUCGCCCCGCCCCCAAACUACAAAACCAACAUCGAAGAAACUUUGCAAAGAGUUCAGUUCCAGUACCACAGAGCUUGCAGCUUGCAGAGUUUGAUACGGGAAUGUGGAGCGACUGAGGGUCAAACGCUGCUCAUAUUUUGGGGCAGCCGCGGCUCGGACAGCAGAGUCACGAUCGGCAUGUCUGCAUCUAGUUGUUCGUCGUUGCAAAUGCCUCCGAACGCGCACAACCAGCGAAACCAACGCGACAAGGAGCUGCGAACCACAGCGCAACAGACGGAAAUCAGCUGCAGACUUUCGCCCGUGAAUCUUAUGGAGCUGCAAGAGCAACAGCGACUUCGGGAGCGAGUCGCCGACUCCCUCACCUUUUCGUCUCCCGCCUCCUCCCUCCUCCAGCAUCCGCCUCGGUCUAUGUCUAUACUCAGUUCCGUGUGCGCUUUGCUACUUAAGAAACAGAACUCGAGCGCAAAAGAGGUGGCGUCUCCGAGCGUGUCGGGCAGCAUUCGCUCGGAGAACAUCUGCCGCAUCUGUUUCGGGGGCGAGUCCGCCGAGCGUCUGGUGAGGCCGUGCUCGUGUCGCGGCACCAUCGCCGCCGUGCACCGCUCCUGUCUCGAGCGUUGGCUUCUGCAGGCCGCCACAUCCUAUUGCGAGCUCUGCAGACAUCACUACGUGGUCACGAGGAGUCACAAGUGGUCGUGGGCGCGGUCCGUCGUGGAGUGGGCGCGGUCCGGACGGGGUCGUGCCCUCGCGGCGGACGCGUGGCGCGGAGUGGCGUUGGGAGCCGCGAGCGUGCUGGGAACCGCCCGAGCUCUGCACGCUUGUGACGCGGCACUGCAGGCGGGCGCACGGCGAGGCGGAGGCGCCGCCCUCGCUGCCAAUCUCUUCUCGUCGCUACUUAUUGGUGUCAUCGGCGCCCUGAACGGCCUGUUGACCACCUGGAUGCUCUUGAAGAUCCAGGAGCACCAAGUGUCGUGGCGCACGUGGCGAGACAGUACUCUGCACGUACACGUCACCCUAGCGGAGGCGACACCCACACCCAGCGGCAGUUCCCUGGCGACCGUGGUGGGACCGGACGCCACCGCCGACCGCAGCACUAACGUGGCCGACCCUUUCAUGGUCGGCUCACCCUUCAAUCUGGCGGAACCCUGA